CCCGUCGCAGAGGGGCAGCGCCGGCGAGAGUCCUCCGCGCGCGGCUGCCGCGGCCCCUGCACAGCGCCUCUGACAGCGCCGGCGGUGGGUUCUAAGACCCUUCUAGCCUCUAGCUGCCCCGCGGCCUCCUCUGCAUCCCAGGAGCGGCCGUGUUUCCUCCCUCUCCUCAGCGCCGGCGUCCCGGGACCGUCCGGCCCGCUGCUGCUGCGGAGGCCGCAUCUGGCGCGCAUCUGGAGCCUCCGUCCGGCUGCGCUGGAGCCUGCCCCCUCCCUGGCCCGGCCGCGCCGGGAGCCCUGCCCGGAGCUGGAGCCGCAUCUGGAGCCGCGGGCCCGGGGCCCUGAGCCGCGCAGCCGGCGCAUGGUGAACUCGCUACUCUUCGGGGAGAUGGCCUUGGCCUUCGGCUGCCCGCCCGGAGGCGGCGGCGGCGGCGGCGGCGGGUGUCCUGGGGGUGGUGGCGGCGGCGGCGGGGCUGGGCCAGGGCCGUCUCCGGUGACUGCGGCGCUGCGGGACGACCUGGGCUCCAACAUCCACCUCCUGAAAGGGCUCAACGUGCGCUUCCGCUGCUUCCUGGCCAAGGUGCACGAGCUGGAGCGGCGCAAUCGGCUGCUGGAGAAGCAGCUGGAGCAGCAGCAGAGCGAGCGCGACCGGCGGCUCCGCUACAAGACCUUCUCCCGCGAGCAGGCCGUACAGACUGGGCCCGAGCUGCUGCGGCCCCCGGCGCCCGGAGCCAACGCCAACGCCAACGCCGCGGCCCUGGGCGGCCUGCCCCCCGCCGGCGGCUCGCAGCCGCAGCACUACGGUCGCCUGCCCGGCACCAUCUGGAGCUACACGCAGGUGCGGCGCACGGGCGGCGGCGGCGUGGAGACCGUGCAGGGCCCCGGCGUGUCGUGGGUGCACCCGGACGGCGUGGGCGUGCAGAUCGACACCAUCACGCCGGAGAUACGCGCGCUCUACAAUGUGUUGGCCAAGGUGAAGCGGGAGCGCGACGAAUACAAACGGAGAUGGGAGGAGGAGCUUGCCAAACGGAUGGACCUCCAGACCAUGGUGGACACGCUGCAGGAGGCAGCGCAGGAAGCCGAGGCCAUCCAGGAGGAGAUGAACGAGAAGAUAGAGCGGCUUAAGGCUGAGCUGGUGGUGUUCAAGGGGCUCAUGAGUGACCCCAUGACAGAUCUGGACACAAAGAUCCAAGAAAAGGCCAUGAAGGUGGACAUGGACAUCUGCCGCCGAAUCGAUAUCACGGCCAAGCUGUGCGAUGUCGCACAGCAGCGGAACUCGGAAGACGUGUCCAAGAUCUUCCAGGUGGUCCCCAAAAAGAAAGAGCGUAAAGUGGCAUCAGAUGAUGACAUCUCGGAGCAGGAUGGUGAGGUGAAUCGGUUCUCAGAUGAUGAGGUCGGCUCCAUGAACAUCACAGAUGAGAUGAAGCGCAUGUUUAACCAGCUGCGGGAGACCUUUGAUUUUGAUGAUGACUGUGACAGCCUGACAUGGGAGGAGAAUGAAGACACUCUGCUGCUCUGGGAAGAUUUCACCAACUGCAACCCGACCAUCGACCUGCAAGGCGAGCAGGAAGAAAACUUGGGCAACCUGAUCCAUGAGACCGAAUCCUUCUUCAAGACGAGAGACAAGGAGUACCAGGAAACGAUAGGCCAGAUCGAGCUGGAGCUGGCCACAGCCAAGAGCGACAUGAACCGACACCUGCACGAAUACAUGGAGAUGUGCAGCAUGAAGCGGGGCCUGGAUGUGCAGAUGGAGACCUGUCGCCGGCUCAUCAAAGGCUCUGCAGACAGGAAUUCACCGUCACCCAGCUCUGUGGCCAGCAGUGACUCAGGAAGUACAGAUGAGAUCCAGGAUGAGUUGGAGCGCGAAGCAGAUGUGGAGCCCAUGGUCAGCUGAUGAUGGAGGCCCUGCGUGCCUGGUGGUCUUGGGGAUGGGGCCCUGGUCCCCUCUCUCCACAGGCCAGGAAGGCUCCUCAAAGUGGGCGCCAGUCCUCGCUCAUAGACUUCCUCUGCCCUCCCUUCUCUGGAGGCCCCGAGGGACCGCUGCUUCCUUCCUUCUUUCCGUGACACCACCCUACAACUGACCAGUGCCCCUUCUCCAUCCACCUGCCUACCCACCCAAGGAAUGGUGCUGUCAAUUUCUAUUGUUCUCCACGUUACAAAUGCAGACUUCUGUCUGGACCAUGCAGUGUUAACUGUGCCUUCUCCCUUAAGCUGAGCCACUUUGAGCUCCAAAGAAUUAUUCCUAGCAGGUGUUUUUAUAUGAAACUCAAGGCGAGGGCGGGACCUGGGCAUGGCAUCAAGUAGUUUUCUACCCUCCCACCUGCUCCUAAUUGGCCAUGAGCUUUGCCCUCCCUUCUGCUAGCGCUGGCGCUGCCUGACACUGUGCUUGGGGUGAUCUGCCCUCCCCAGGAGGGAGCCAGCCAUUACCUCCAGGCCUGGGUGGGGACCUCCCGAGCUUUCUCACUCUUGAAAAGAGAGAAAAGUAGGAGGAAGGGAGGGAAGACCAAUUUUUCUUUUGUUUUUUGGAUUUAGUGGCAAAGUGGAGGGACAAGGCACCUUGGGGGAGUAGUAGGUGGAGCCUCACUGUGUUUAACUACUAUGCAAAAACAAAAACAAAAACAAAAAAACAAAAAGCAGCUUGCCUUAUAUCAUUGGAAGGCAGGCCCUGUCCCAGACUCCUGGUUUCCCCUGGGGCUGGGAGGCGGAGGUUAAGGUGGUGAUCACUCUCUUGCAGCCUCCCAGGGUGAGCACUGGCUGGGGAGGGGGCUGGUUAAGGGGUUAAGGUUGAUGGUGUGGGCUUCACUCCUGCAAGGGCCAGCCCACCUGACUGCUUGCUUUCUUUGGGACCUCUGGGGUUGGGGUGAGGGUGGGGUUCUUUUAUUGUCCUGAUGACUUGAUGUUCUCCCCUCCCUCCCCAGCCAGCAAUAAGGGGUUAUAGAGCUGUAAUUUCUCUGUGAGAAAGUCUGAAGAGGCCAAGCCUGGUACCACUUAUUUCCCGGGGGAGCUUGGGGGAGCACCAGCCUGUCGCCAUCCUGGUUCUCCACUGUCCCAUGGUCACCUGCUGUCGGUACUGACAGCAGAGCAGAUUGGCAAGGGGAGGGGAGGGAGCUGGUGGCCGCUGGUGGCUUGGAGACGGCUUGCAUGGGAGCUUGAGAGAGGACUGUCCUUAUUCCUCUCAGGGACACAUGCAAGCCUCUUUCUGUGAUCCACUUGGGGAGUUAAUCUGAGCCAGUAUCUCCCCAAGAGUUGAAGGGUCCCAUGUUGAGAACACCCACCAAAACUGAGCUGGGGACCAGGCCACCAUGCAGGCUUUGCUUUUUUCCCCUCCUCUCCUCUCCCUUUUGGGGCCCACUGUAGUGCGGGGUGGGGGUGGUGAUGGCCCAUUUGGGGUUUUGUUGGCUGAAGAGCUCCCUCUGGAGGUUGAAAGAGCAAAAUGUGUCCGGGGACCAGUGUGGAGAUCCAGGCGGGUGCUGGGCUGGAGGGCUUGGUGGUCCCCUGACUUCCCUGUGCAGGGGCCAGCCAUCUGUAAGGGCCUUCUCUCUCUCCUGCUCUCCCUGUUUUGCAUCUUAAAACCAUUGUACAUAAUAUUCAUGUAUAUGUAUUUAGAGAGAACGAGAAUGUGUUAGUGACUGUGUGAUGUAAUUUAUCAGAACUCGGUGGCCUUUCUCAUGAGUUUUUCCCCUUGUUUUGUUUUGUUCUGUUGGGAAGAUACCCCAUCAGUCCCUGAGCACUCUGGCUUUGACACUUCUGUCCUCAUCAUCAUUUUUUUCUUUUUCAGUACUGGGGAUUGAACCCAGGGCCUUUGUAUUCAGCUACAUCCCUAGCCCUUUCCUUAAAAUUUUACUUUGAGACAGGGUCUUGCUAAGUUGCUAAAUUGUCCAGGCUGGGCUUGAACUUGCAAUCCUCCUGGCUCAGCCUCCCAGAGUGCUGGGAUUACAGGUAUGCGCCACUACACCUGGCCAUCCUCAUCAUCUCUUAUUACUCAAACUGUCCCUUUUGGCAGGUACUUGAAGGGACAGUGGUUUUGGAAGAGAGCCCCUUUCCCUCUUCCUCACCAACCAUUGUUCUACAGGUUACAGGGUUCAAACAUACCUGAUUAUUAUGAUUGAUGUUGUUAUUGUUACUUAUUUUUAUUUUAACCAAAGGUUAUCAGAGCCAACUGGGCUUGGACCUCAGCUGCUGAAAAGAUAUUCCGUUUCCACAAGGGCAGAAGAUGUGGCCUUGUGGGUCUCACUGCCCAGGGCUGAGAGAGGCAGCCAGGGGUGGUUUGGGGGUUGGGUGGGCAGAGUGGAUGCCAGUUCUGGGUUCCUCAGGGUGAUGGGAGGGUGACAAACAUAUCUUUAGAGUUAAGACAGUAAGGCAAUGGGAUUAGUAUUUGGGGUAACAAAAGUUACCAAGGUGAUGGGUGUCCGGUGGUGUUUUGUUUUCUCCCUUGUAUACGUAGAUCAUUUGUCCUUAGGUUGCUCCAAAUUUAUCUAGGAAACAUGAGAACAGCAGGUGCCAGAGAGAGACACUGGCCUAAGACUCCCUUCCUACUGGCUUUCCAUAUCUGUUUUCCCCUGAGAAGUGCAGGGGAGGUCAGUCGGAUGAGGGGAGGAAGGGCAGAGCGUGGUGGGCCUGCCUCCAGGGCUGGUUCUUGGGUCUGGGCUUGCCUACCUCCCAUGCCCCUAAACUCAUUUUUACGUUAGUUGCCAGUGGGUCCUGCUUGUUUCUUCACCGUGACCCCACAGCUUGCCAAGAAAGACCCCACUGCUUGCUGGGGCAGCACCAGGCCCUGCUGGGAUGAACUGGUUCCAUCCUUUGUAAAGCUGUAAAUACUUAAAUAUUUGGUUUUUCUAUUUUUAAGCCCAGUGUCAUAUUGACAUUGGUAUUUUAGAGUUGUUCUCAGAUGGGUUCUCCUGUGCUGUGCGUGCGCUCUCUCUCUCCUCUCUCUCUCCUCUCUCUCUCCUAGUUUUGGGGGAUUUAUACACACUAAGGAUUGGGGAGCAGCAGGGGAAAUAGCAUCCUUGGGCUCCCUGUUUGGUUGUGAAAUAUACAUAUUCAUAUGCACACACAUACGCACAUGCGCACUCUUCUGAGACUGAACAGGGAUUAAUAUUACUGGCAAGCAAACACCUUUUGCUGUCUCAUGGCAAUACGUCUCGAGGGCUCUGGAGGAUCCAUCCAUCAUGGACUCAGCUCUGGGGCCCAGCUCAGAUGACUUAUGGAGCAUCUACCCACUUUGGCUUGGGGUGUGAGAAGAGGGGGUAGGUAGGGGAUCGUAUAAGGUGUAAUUUAAGCUAAAUGUAAUCUAUUUAUAAAGCAAGAGACUCUCAUCUAUUUUUAUGAAAGGAAAGGGUUUUUAAUCUCAGGUAGGCAGUUGUGGUAGCCAGCAUUUUUCUGUGGACAAGAUAUUGUGCAUGUUGCUGCUGGAUUUAAUAUACUGGUACCCCUCACCCAGUCUUGCCUUCCCGUCCUUACUCUGAUCAUUCACACCUGUGGGUGGCUUCAGCAGAGGAUAGGUCCCACUUCACCCCAUUUCCUUCUUCCGUGACCCCUCAGGUCCUUGGAGGUCUUGUAGGGAGGCACUUUUGGGGGCAGGUGGGCUGCAAGGAAUUCAGAAUUCAGUUGAGGGUGUACUAGGGAGGGGCAUGCUCUUCCCAGUACUCUGUGUUUCAGAGGGUAGCCUCUGAUCACUCGUCCCAGCUCUGCUCUGCCAAGACCCAUUUCUGACUCAACUGUGUUGAGAGAGGGUUCAGAAGCAACAGUGUGGUUGGCUGUAGGGCUGUGGGAGGGGCUGUGUGUAGGGCUGUCGAGCUUGGGGAGCACAUGACCUCCUUUGGUCCUGGGCCUUCUCAGGUCCCAGGCUGUCAGGCAGCUGGGAUGGGAGAGGCAGGAAGGUGCCCAGAGCCCACUCCUGGCUGUGCCUGCUCCAGGUCAAGGGAGGAGCUGCAAUCCUCUGCUCCUGGAUGAUGGACCAGAGUGCCAGGGGUUUCCCCAGGCCUGGGUCCUCUUCUUGGGAGACUGAGCUUGGCUCUAGAAAGGCACUGUCCUAGAGUUGGGAAUCUGGAGGUGGCUGGGGGAUAUGAGGAAAGUCAGACUCUCUGGGAGGGAAUUUUCCAGGAGUAGGAGAUUUCCAGUCUCAGGGUAGCCUUUGUAAUAGUUUUGGGUGAAUCCCUCAUCAUUCUCUCUCCCUCCCACACUCUCAAGGAAAUGAGGCACAGCCCCAUGCCAAGACCCCUUGUGGACAUUUUACCAUCUACCUGUUUUUUAGUCCUACCCUAUCCCACUGUUGCUCUUUGUCUGCCAGCUGGGUCUAACAUCACUGGGGGGGGGGGUGUUUGUACUCACGGAAAGACUACUGAUCCUACCAGAAAACUAACCUGUUUACCAUACUGUUGUAAAUAUUGUGCCCUUUAUAUCCUGUAUAUUGGCUUCUUUUAAAUAAAGUGAAAUGUCUUAGAA